AUGACACGUCUCGCUUGCCGUCUCCUGAGAAGGCCCACAAGGUUCUCAACCGCCAGUCACUCACAGGUAUCAAUCCGAUCUGUGAGAGUGACCCCCCUUCACCAUGUCACACCCAAUCGUCAAGUUCCAUUUCGUUCAUAUGCCACCGAAUCCCCUCACCCCUCAAGUCAAGCGACCGACCGAUCACAGAAACCCAUGCCAGAAGUAUCCCCAGACGACACCUAUGAUAUAGUCAUCAUUGGAGGUUCCAACGCCGGUCUCGCUUUAGCUUGUGCUCUACUAACUAAACCUUCCAUUCGAGCCACUUCGAAAAUACUUUUGUUAGAAGGUGGAAGUAUGAAUAAAACCAGAAUAUGGAACGGAGAAGGGCCAUGGGAAAACAGGGUGUCGUCUAUCACAGCGGAAAACAAGUCUUGGUUAGAGAGCAUAGGAGCAUGGCAACAUAUCAAACAUUCUAGAAUUUGUCCAGUUGAAGAAAUGAUUGUAUGGGCCAAUCCAUCUCCUUCUUCAACUCCAACACUUCACUUUCCCCCUCUAGGACAUCCAAUGGCAUAUAUGACAGAAAAUCAAAAUCUUCAAACUGCUCUUCUCCAUCGUAUCCUCUCACUCGAUCCUGAUUCCUCAACCUUGAAAAUCCAAGAAUCAUCCAAAGUGACCUCUAUGUCACUUUCAUCUUCUGGUCAAUCCGUCUUCCUCCAACUAACUCCUUCAAAAUCCACAACUGUCCCAUCAACGAUCAGAGCGGGAUUAGUGAUCGGCGCAGAUGGACCUAAUUCACCCGUUCGGAAAUUCUCAAAUAUCGAAACUUACGGUCAUCCCUAUUCAACCCACGCUAUAGUUUGUACACUUCAUCAUCCUUCUUCUCCAUAUUUGAACACCACCGCAUUCCAAAGAUUCCUGCCUUCCGGUCCUAUUGCCUUUCUCCCACUUUCGGCAACAUCAAGUACUUUAGUUUGGUAUAAUCCUCCUUCGAUAACUUCUUCCCUCAAAUCUCUUUCUUCAGAAACAUUCACAACGAUGAUUAAUUUUGCCUUUUCCUUGCCGGAAACAACCUUGAACAGAAUAUAUCAACUUCUUUCUUCUUCUCCUCCUUCUACUGCAAAUCUGACUGAACAAAUCAAUGAAAUCCUAAACUCCGUUCCACUCGAUACCCAAACAGACCAAACCUUACCACCUCGUAUCGAAUCCAUUUCCCAAGAAUCAAUCGGUUCAUUCCCUAUAAAAAUGUCACACGCCGAUUCGUAUCUAGGUCAAAGGACAGUUUUAGUAGGUGAUGCAGCCCAUACCAUCCAUCCUCUAGCUGGUCAAGGUCUCAAUAUGGGUUUAUCAGAUGUAAGAAGUUUAUCAAACACUUUGGAAAUCGCUAGAAGUUUAGGUGGAGAUAUAGGAAGUUGGACAAAUUUGAAAGAUUAUCCAAAAGAAAGAUAUGGAGAAAAUCAUUUAUUAUUAAGUGCUACUGAUAAACUCAAUUGGGUUUUUAAAAGUAGAGGUAAAGUUAUCGAUGGGAUUAGAGGUAUAGGUUUAGAAUUGUUAAAUGAGAUUGGACCUAUAAAAAAGUUGUUCAUGUCUGGUGCAGGAGCAUAUCCUAUUUAUACACAGACGAGUGGAAGUUUCACUAAGGGAAUGGGAAGAGGGAUGAGAGGGACAGGAAAAGGAAGGAUGGAGAUGUUGGCGGAUGGUUUGGAAAGUUGGUGGAAAGUAAAAGAUAAUUUGGGGUUGGUAAGUGGUAUGAUGAGGGAUGUGGCUAGUACGGGUUUGAAGAAAGUUGCAGAGGUAGUAGAGAAGAGAUGA